AUGUCCAUCUUCGCCCUCUUACCACCUUUGCCGCCGUUCCUUUUCUCUACACUCGUCGUGAGCGGCCUCGCCUCCAAGGCAUUACAUAUAGCGCUACAUAUUCGGUCCUUACCGUUCCUCUACUUUGUCCUUUAUUCACCCACUCUUAUUCUACGAGAUGUUUUGGUCAUCAUAUUCGUGCGGGUCUUGUUACGCUUCCAUGCGCCAGAUAGUCGAUGGCAAUGGCUCUCGACCGGGUUGGGAGGGGCACUGUCCCUGAUCACAUGGGGUGCUUCCUCCAUCCAGUUCGGAUUCUUUAUACAGACCGGUGCCGAGGUCGCCUGGGCAGCUGGCGGUAGCUUCUUGAGCGAUCCGGCGGCCAUGAAAAUUCUUCUCAGCGGUAUAUCGACUGUAUCCGCUGCUGCCACCGUCUUCGGACUGAUUGCGUGGUUGCUUCAUUCACAUUUGUACAACAUCACUGGUCUUGCCUUGCAGGCAAUCCGAGACCUCUCUGCCGCUGACGCUGCUCGAUGCGUUCCAGAAAAAGACGGCGACGGUGGAGGGAUGCCGCGAGCCCGCCCGGCCAUUCCCUUGUUGGUCACGGAUGAUAAUGGGAUCUCCCGUCCUCAGUUCCAACCGGAUUCGUCGCUUGUGGAACAAUGGUCACGAGCUACAUGGCUCCCCGAAAACCCACCCCCAGGAUUCAGCCGCUGGGAUCUAAGCCCGAGCGAUCGCGCAGAGAAGGACAAUCAUUAUUCUUUUGUUUGUCCCGGUGACGAGGGCGCAUUCUACAAUCCAAAGAAUGACCCGCUAAUGGUCACGAAUCUGGGCGGCGAAAUUUAUGAGCCCCUACAAAAGGCUUUCAAAGAGCACUCCGUUGAGGUCAACCAUGUAGUGCUGUUAACGCUAGAAAGCGGCCGCAAGGAACUUUUCCCCACACAGCAAGGCACCCCCUUGUUCGAUGGUCUUCUCGCGUCUCAUAAGAAGGAGAACAUUGACGAGGCAAUCGAUCGUCUGGUCAACAUGACCCCGGUCGCUCAACAGUUGACCGGCGAAUACGCAACCGAUAGCAAGGGGAACAAGCUCGACUUGAGCUACUCUCCGUGGCUGACCCCGCCACAAGAAGGUAUGGGUGGACUUAAUGUCCGUGGUGCCGUGACGGGUAGCUCCUUGACGUUCAAGAGUAUCUUGGGGAGUCACUGUGGUGUGAACCCUUUGCCAGUGGAUCUUCUGGAGGAGUCUAUGCUCGAAAUUUAUCAGCCAUGCCUGCCACAGAUUUUCGAUCUGUUCAAUCAAGGCAAAUCGGAAUCCGGGAAGCUCCCCCAGAAUUCUUCUUCUGAGAGCAAAUCCGCGGCUCUGCAGAACCCCUGGAAGUCUGUAUUCAUGCAGUCAAUUACCGAUGACUAUGACCGCCAGGAUGUGCUGAACAAAAACAUGGGCUUUAAGCACAAGGGCGAAGAGAUCAACUACUUCGGAUAUGCGGAAAAUGAGAUCCAACCCUACGUCACAACGCACCACCCCUGGAGUACGCCAGACGACUUCGAGAAAGAACCAUACAUGAGCGACCAGGGAAACAUCAACCACGACCUGAUGAACAACUAUCUGAAUGCCGCCCGGUUCGUCGAUAUCUGGCUGGGCGAUAUCCUAAACAUGCUAGACCAAACAGGUAUUGCCAACGAGACUCUAGUCGUUGUCGUCGGAGACCAUGGCCAAGCCUUCGGCGAAGAUAAUAAGGACAUGACUGGCACGUACGAGAAUGGCCACAUUAGCAACUUCCGCGUGCCUUUGGUUUUCCACCACCCGCACAUGCCUCGAGUGGACAUCACCGCCAACGCAACCGCCCUCUCCAUCGUCCCCACCAUCCUGGACCUUCUCGUGCAGUCCAACUCCCUGGACGAGCGUGACUCUGAGAUCGCCUCUUCCCUCCUCCCAGAGUAUCAAGGCCAGUCUCUCCUACAACACGAGCAAGACACUCAGCUCGAAGCCCGGUCCCACCCGGAGAGCCCAGCCAAGCGUAUCGUUUGGAACAUGGGAUUGAUCAACGCUGGUGGCUCGAUGCUGUCCGUCAUGGCAGCCGAUGUUCCCUACCGUCUCAUCCUUCCCUUGAAAGAUGGCUUCGAGUACACAUUCACCCACCUCGGCGAAGACCCCGGUGAAACCCACCUCACCAAGGCAUGGACUCUUAAGGCACUCAUCGAAGAGGUUAAGCCUAAAUUUGGCAAAGAGUCCGCUGACUGGCUCAAAGAUGCUGAGCUAGUUGGCAAGUGGUGGGUGAGUGAACAAAAACGCAUUUGGGGUUACCGUGAAGCCUAG